CUGGCGUGAGCGUGAGGAGGAAAUUUAUUAUUAUUAUUAUUCUUCGAAUAUGACACGACGAAACGAUAUAUUCCAUCUAGAUUUUAACCAAGACCAAGGUUGUUUUAGCUGUACCAUGGAUGGAGGGCUUAGAAUUUAUAAUGUGGAGCCUCUGUCAGAAAAGGCUCGUAUUGAUUUGAAUGAGCCAGUCCAGAUAUCCCAGGCUCACAUGUUACAUAGAUGUAACUUAUUAGCCAUUGUAGGAACAGGACCAGGAGCAAGAUUUUUUAAUGACAAAGUGUACAUUUGGGAUGACCUGUUAAAAAAGCUUGUGAUGGAGCUCUCAUUUGGUUGUCCAGUUGUAAGCAUCAGGUUAAGAAGAGACAAGCUUUUUGUAGUGCUGAAGACAAGGAUUCAAGUAUUUUCAUUUCCUAAAGAUCCAAAUUUGCUGUUUUACUUUGACACAAAAGAAAAUCCCAAAGGUCUCUGUGAAGUUUGUCCAAGUAUUGACAGGCCCCUGUUGGUUUUUCCAUCACGCAAAUGUGGGAGUAUACAACUUGUGGACCUGACCAAUAGACAACCAGAUACUUCAACAGCACCAUUUACAAUUAAUGCCCAUCAAGGUGAACUUGCAUGUCUAGCUGUCAACCAACAAGGUACUCAAGUAGCCACAGCUUCAGUUAAGGGCACACUUAUCCGUGUGUUUGACUCACAAACCAAAAACUUACUGGUGGAAUUACGACGAGGGGCAGAUCCUGCCACUCUGUAUUGCAUUAAUUUCAGCCACGAUUCUGCAUAUCUGUGUGUCUCCAGUGAUAAAGGAACAGUUCAUAUCUUUGCUCUGAAGAACACUUCUUUGAACAAGAGAUCAAGCCUCGCAAAGAUGGGUUUCCUGGGGCAGUACGUGGAAUCUCAGUGGGGUUUGGCAAACUUUACUGUGCCUGCUGAACAGCCAUGUAUCUGUGCCUUUGGGUCUGGCAGUUCUGUUGUUGCUGUAUGCGUAGAUGGUACUUUUCACAAGUACGUGUUUACCCCAGACGGUAACUGUAACCGAGAGGCAUAUGACGUGUUUCUGGAGUUAGGCGAUGACAACGAAUUCUGAAAUUCUGAGUGAACAAUCUGGACGAGGGAUCUGCUUCACAGACAACGAUACAAACAUCGUGUAAGGGCAAAGAAAGAGGAGCAGCUUUCAUGACAAGGAUAAGAAAUUUCAGCCUGAAACGCUUAAGAACUUUGGACGUAACUUUGUUGUGGAGAACUUACAGAGCACAGUGCUUAGCGGGAUCUGGAACUCGUGCAGAAGUUCUUCGGUGGCACCCUUGCCUCUCUCAGUGUAGUAACGAUAGCUAAUGGUUAUGACAAUAUGAAAGGAUUUGGUCUGAAUUUAAGAUAUUUUGUAUAUUAUGUAAGAGAUAUCAAAGCUCAACGUGAAUGUAGAAAUAUCUCUACCUGCUGUACAUAGACUGAAUUAAAAGGGGUUGUGUAUAAA